GAACGCUCUUUCUUACAUAGUCUCAUAACGUUUGUUUAACUACUCGUUGCUCGACUGUGCUGUUCAAGUCCCUCAGUUUAUCUCGGAUUUUUUGAAGACAUGGAUUGUUCUGAAGAGGUUCAGUCACUCUCGGAUGAGGCGAGCACUCCGACAGAGUUGAAGAAAGGGAUGUCCAUAUUUCUUGACAUACUGAGGAGAGCGGAUAAAAAUGAUGAUGGGAAGCUGUCGUUUGAUGAGUUCAAGGCCUACUUCUCUGACGGGGUUCUGUCUGGAGAUGAGCUCAAGGAACUCUUCCACACCAUCGACACACACAACACACACAACGUGGAUACAGAUGAACUCUGUGAGUAUUUCUCUCAGCACCUGGGCGAGUAUGAGAACGUGUUGGCUGCCCUGGAGGAUCUCAACAUGUCCGUGCUGAAGGCCAUGGACAAGACAAAGAAGGACUACCAGGAGUCCACACACCUGGAUCAGUUUGUGACACGCUUCCUGCUGAAGGAGACGACCAGCCAGCUGCAGUCCCUGCAGAGCUCCCUAGAGUGCGCUAUGGAGACCACCGCCGAGCAGACACGCCAAGAGAGGCAAGGGCCAGCUACGCCAGAGGGCUUGUCUAUCCAGUGGUCUGGUCGACGCUCCAAUAGAAGGCUGCAAAGGAACAACAGCCUAUCACCCAGCAACCCCCUACUCACCAUCGUCAACUCAGGUCUUCUGGAUGAGGAGAACCAGUGGAUGAGCCAGGUCAAUCGCCUGCAGAAGCUUAUCGACCGCCUGGAGAAGAAGGAGCUGCGUCUUGAGCCUGUGGAGGAGGAAGUGAGGGAGGGCAGCACCAAAUCACAUAUCCUGAUAGUGCAGAGGCAGCUGUCUGUGAUGGAGGAGGAGCAGGAUGAGUUUCGCUUGGCCCUCAGACAGUACAUAGACUGUGCCAGCGCCCAGACCGGAUGCCUACACAUGUGUGUACAGAGGCUGGCCAAUGAGUCCCGUUUCAUCGUCUAUGAGUUUUGGGAACACACGAGCAUCUGGAAGAACCAUCUCCAGACCAACUACAGUAAAACAUUCCAGAGGGGCAAUGUGGACUUCCUGGAAACCCCCGAGCUGAUGACCACCAUGCUUGUACCAGCCUCAUGGUGGGUCCUGAACAACAACUAACCCCAGCAGUAGCGGCAGCUGUCUUCCUCUCCAGCCACCGUGUCGACCAAUCAGGUGGCUGGAUGGUGCCGAGAAGGUGUGGCCACCAACACCUCCCCCUCACCUACCAUGUUUCAGCGUUCUACUGUGUUGUCAUGGUGAUUUGUUCCGUGACCCCUGACCUCUCGUGUCAUACAGCCGUGAAGUAGCCUGUCCAAUCAUAGAUGACAUACACUAGGUGUCUCCAGCAACCUCCAACGGCAACCAGCACACUAAGGGGCAACACCACAUGAACAACGUGUGUGUGUGCAUG